ACAAUGGAGCCAACACGAAAAGCUACUCCCGUUAUAAUUCCUCUGCUUGUUAUUGUGAUCCUAUUUUAUUGUAUGCCGAAUGCUGCAGCAGCCACAUUCAAUGUGCUUGACUUUGGAGCCAAGGCGGACGGUCGCACUGACUCCAGCAAGGCUUUUACCAGUGCUUGGGCCCAGGCCUGUGCCUCGGCCCAGCCCGCUUCCAUACUCGUGCCAAAGGGGCGCUUCUUGGUUGGAAGCACCACCUUUAGUGGCCAAUGUGCCAACAAGGCAAUCUCAUUUGAGAUCCAGGGCACCUUGGUGGCACCCUCAGACUACAAUAUCCUAGCAAACAAAGGGACUUGGCUGCUGUUUGAGCACGUCGACGGCGUUUCCAUUCGUAGCGGCGUGCUUGAUGGCCAAGGCACUAUCCUCUGGGAUUGCAAGAACUCCAACGACGGUAGCUGCCCAUCUGGAGCUACGACACUGGAAUUCACCAACUCCAAAAACAUUGUCAUUAGUGGAUUGACCUCAAUGAACAGCCAAAUGUUCCACAUAGUCAUCAAUGCAUGCCAGAACGUCAAAGCACAAGGCAUCACCAUCACCGCCGACGGAAACAGCCCUAACACCGACGGCAUUCACGUCCAAGGCUCCUCCGACGUCACCAUCCUCACCUCCAAAAUCCGCACCGGCGAUGACUGCAUCUCCAUCGGGCCCGGCACCACAAACUUGUGGAUCGAAAACAUAGCAUGCGGUCCAGGCCAUGGAAUAAGCAUUGGGAGCUUGGGAAAGGAUGAGAACGAGGCUGGCGUACAAAAUGUGACGGUUAAAACGGUUACGCUGAGUGGGACCCAAAAUGGUGUUAGAAUCAAGACUUGGGGCAGACCCAGCAACAGUUUCGUCAGAGACGUGAUUUUCCAAGACGCCACCAUAGUGAAUGCCCAAAACCCAAUUGUCAUUGACCAGAAUUACUGCCCGAACAACGAGGGCUGCCCCGGUCAGGCCUCAGGAGUAAAAAUCAGUGACAUAACGUACAAAAACAUUCAUGGAACAUCAGCAACAGAGGUAGCUGUGAAGUUUGAUUGUAGCUCAAAGAACCCAUGCAGUGGCAUCAAGUUGGAGGAUUUGAAGCUCACUUACAAGAACCAAGCUGCUCAAGCUUCUUGUGUCCAUGCAUCUGGAGAUGCAUUGGGUUUAGAACAACCACAGAGCUGCUUAUCAUAAACUGCUUCAAAUCGAUCAUAAUGCACUACAAAAAUUAGAGCCAUGCAGUGCAUUAUUACAAUAUUUUUUUACUUUUAAUUUUCUUUUUAUGGUUUGAGCCUGUGGCGUUUUACUGCACCCCAGUUGUAGUGUAGCCUGGCCUUACGAAUUACUGGUAAAAAAUUAAAGUUACAUACAAAAUUUAUGUGUAUUCCUAUUAUU